UAUUGUUUAAACGUGGGAGAUGGCUGUGCCACACAGUGCGAAAAGGGAAAAGUGGUAGAGACCCAAUAAUGAUAAUUUCAUUUCUUUGUGUUGCCGCGCUCUAUUUGUCUUCAGAAGGGUUUGACGAGGAUUUAUCAGAAGGUUGGACUUGUGCUAAAGACUGGUUCUACUUCAACGGCUCAUGCUAUCGAGCUUAUAACAAGCAACUGUCUUGGUUUUACGCAAGGGCCGCUUGCCAGGAAAACGGAGGGGAUCUGCUCAGCAUAAACUCUGAUGGAGAGCAGCAGUUCGUGUACCGACGCAUGGCAGUCAACAAAACGUUCUGGAUCGGCCUGGUGAAAGAUCAAAGUUCUAAAAAUUUCCGCUGGUCGAAAGGCGAGGAGCUCGCUUAUCUGAACUGGAUUCGUCACCCGGACAUUUCGGGUCGUGAGGAUUGCGGUGAGAUGACAGACUAUGGUUCAUAUCACGGCAAGUGGAACGACAAAUGCUGCUCCAAAAAACAGCCAUACAUCUGUGAAAAAGAUGCAGCAAACGGAAGAUAUUUCAAGAGAUCACCAAACACCCAGCUGACUAAGCAUGUGAUUCAUCAAUUGGUAGUACAAAGUGACAUUGAAUGUUUGCUUUGGUGUCGACGCUAUCAAAACUGCACAUCAGUUAAUUACAGACCAGGGGAAGCGCCAUCAACGAGCCUUUGUGAGAUAAAUGCUGCCAUCGCAAACGAGUUUCCUGAAGAUCUGGUCGAGAGCGAGGAAUGCGAUUAUUACGAGGCUUUAGGUUGAAGGUUGGACUUAUUAUUGGUCCCUCCCUUGUGAUCACUAGCAAUCAUGAACCAUUUAGUUUCUAACUCGGUAAUGUAAAGUUUCCUAUUUUCGCAGCAAGGUGUAUAAAUAAAUAAAUUCAUAAAUAAAUAAAUAAAUAAAUUAUCAUGAGUAAAUAGAAAAAAAUGUAACAAUGCCUGGUUGGGUUGGGUUGGGUCAAACUUGGCGUUUUUGAGUACCUUCUUUUAUCAACCAUUGUGUUCACAUACAUGAUGAAAAUGAUGGGCUAAAUUA